UGACCGCUCAAGCGAAAGUGUCUCGUGUUAAUUGGGUUCUGUGAUUGGUGAUUGCUCUGGGAAAAUUAUGUGAUUCUGGAUUGGUCGCUUUCAAAAUAAUCAAAGGGGAGAAGAUGUUGGGGGGCCAGUCAUCAUGGGGCCUGAUGGUGCUAAGUCUGGUUAUCUUCCUCCCAAACAUCCGGACUAAUUUUUUGGACCCUUACCUUAUAAUGCAAGAGAGGUGUAAGGGCGUAGUAUCCAGGGGUCCAUGCCAAGAGUGGAUCCACAAGUGGUACUUCAACGUGUCGACGCAAGCGUGCAAGAUUUUUGUCUACGGAGGCUGCCGAGGAGAGAACGUUUUCGAUUCCGAAGCGGAGUGUCUACAUUACUGCAUUGGUGGUGAUCACACAUUACCACCGUACCUGAUGAUUCCUGCUCUCCCUGUUGAUGAAACGACGAGUGAAGCACCAAAAAUCACCUCCGUUCGACCAUUAGUACCUUUUGAACAGCGAGGCAUUGAGCUUACCUUUCCUGAGACUGGCCAUCACAAAGUGUUUAUGAUGGCCAAGAAUAACGCUUUCAUACAACUUGACGGCAACCGCAUAAAAACUUUUCAACUUAGGUUGUGUCGGGAGAUUUCAUUCCAGUUCCGCACCAGGCUGCCUCACGGACUUCUCGUCUACCACAGUGUGAAGGAUCGGCCGGAGGGACUCGACCCGUACGCUCUCUACGUCAUCGUAGAGAAGGGACAGCUCAAGGUCGUCCAUGUCUUUGGCAAACACUCUCUCUCGGUCAUUGUUGGGGAAGGUUUGAACCGAGACACAUGGCACAGUGUCAGAGUCAGGAUAGAUGUGCACGGAGCUCGUCUGAUCGCCAAAGUGGAUGAUAAAACCUCCGAGGCUAGCAUCCCGGGACUGCACAAGUCUACCAACUACGGAGUCUUCACUGACCUGACGUCCGUCGUGCUUAUUGGUGGGCUGAGUCCAGAGGAGAAGCUACAUGGAGUGAAGUACAUCAUCGAGUCGUUUGUUGGAUGCAUCAAAGACAUGGUGCUGAGUGCUGGUAAAGCAGCGUCUGAUCUGCUUCCCAUCAAACCACUCAUUGCCACCAAACACGACAACGUACAAGAAGGAUGCAUCAACAAGUGUAAAACUAGGGAAAACUUUUGUUUUGAAGGUAGCAAAUGUAUAAACCACUACAAUGAAUUGUCUUGUGAUUGUUUUGGAACGGGUUACGAGGGGGAGCUUUGUGAUGUUUACACUGCCACUAUUCUUACGUUCCGAGGCUCAUCUUAUGUUUCCUAUCGAGUUUACGAUUGGAAAGACAGAGUUCAUUCCAACAUCAACACCAUUGGUCUGCAUUUUAAGACCAGGUUUGACGACUCAGCGCUGUUCUAUGCCAGUGGAGAGUGGAGCAGCCACCACCACAUUGCAGCGUCACUGUACAACGGCUCGGUGGUGGUGGAGGUGGACCUCGGUGGUGAUGCGAUCAUCACCAAGCUAGGGUUCGGUGUCAACGAUAAUGAGUGGCACAACCUCACCAUCUCUCACCAUCACAGCAACGUCACCAUCUACUUGGACCAGGAGUCAAGACUAAUUACCUUACAAGGAGGACAGCCCCAUCUCUACAUAGAUCCUGAGAUAUACAUUGGUGGAGGUCCUGAACUGCACAAGAAGAGUGGUUUGUCUUCUCUUAACAACUUUGUUGGAUCACUGAAGUACGUUUACUUCAACGAGAUUUCAAUACUUUACGAACUUAAGAAAGGCAAUCCGAAAGUCCACUAUAUUGGAGUAUUGGAUCCGAUGUUCUUCGAGUAUGACAUCAAAGUGAUUCCGAUCACGUUCCCGUUCUCCGUGGCUCACAUCCGGUGGCCCAUCCACACUCCUGAGUUCCUUCAACUGAGUUUUGAGUUCAAGAGCAGCAGAAGCAUGGCUAUACUCGCCACUGCAGAGGUGCAGUCGUCACUUGGCACAGGACAAUGGGAGUUGAGGAUGGUGAAUGAAGAAAUCAGGUUUGAAAUAAUCCCAGAAAUAAAUAAAAACAUCACUCAUUUGACCACAGUGAAAUUUGAUACCAAGGAUGAGUGGCACACGGUCGAGCUGAUUUACAAUCAUGGACAAGUAGACUUGAUGGUUGAUUAUAAGAGCAAGACUGCAGAUUUGUUUGGUCUCAUGUUCCUGCUGAAAGAUUCCAUAAUCAUCGGAAGUGGUGUUGGUGGUAAAUCUAGCCUUGGUUUGGUGGGUUGCAUGCAGAAGAUCUCAGUGAACGGGGAGAUUAUUGAGCCUAGGUUUGUAAUCCGUUCAAACCACACUCAGGGCCAUGUGUCAUUGGACAACUGUGAACUGGUGGAUCCUUGUAAGAGUCCCAACGCGUGCGAACAUGGAGGAAUAUGUUCCGUCAAAGAAGAUCAUCUCUCCUGCGACUGCAAGGAGACUGGCUACGUUGGCAAAAACUGCCACUUUGCCAAGUUCCGUAAGACUUGUGAAGAGCUCGCACUACUUGGUUACACCAAGCCUGAUGUCUACCUGAUUGAUAUCGACGGCAACGGACGGUUUCCCCCAGCUCACGUCAAAUGUGAGUUCCAGUCUUUGGAAGACUCCACUAAAACCAUCGUGGAGCAUAAUUUGCCCAGCCAAGUGGACGUCAGGAGCUCUGCAGAGACGGACUUCAGUUUUGACAUUUCAUAUCGAGAGUUCAGCUCGGAAAUGUUGACGGAGUUAAUCUCUCACUCGCUGUACUGUAGUCAGUUCAUCAAGUACGAUUGCUACAAAGCACCGCUAGAACUACACUCAGCCACAUGGUUCAUCUCCGCAGCACAGAACGGCACUGUUGACUAUCUUGGCAGCGUCAAGAGGGGAUCUUGUACAUGUGGUGUGAACAGAACCUGUGUCAGUCCUGAGCUGAAUUGCAACUGUGACAUCUCAGAGGCCAAGUGGUUGUCAGACGAAGGCUACUACAUCAACUCCGACGGGCUGGGCAUCACCAAGAUGGUGUUCCUGCAGCAGAAGGAUCUUGAUGAAGACGCAUUGGGAAGGAUCACCCUCGGACCUCUGGAAUGUGUUGAGACCAAUACCCAGAAGUAUGUGGUAACUUUCACAACGAGUCAGUCGUACAUCGAAGUCCCUGGCUGGAGGAAAGGAGACAUUGCCUUCAGUUUCCGGACAACUGGAGAAAAAGCAAUUCUUUUGUACCAACCUCCAAUCCGACCGCACUACCCUUCUUUCAUGGUGGCAUUGACUAGCGAGUUCCACCUGACUUUCAACUUUACGAUGAACACUGGCCGACCGAGGGCGUUGCUGAUCAAAUCGUCGCGUCGCCUCAACUCUGGCGAAUGGCAGAAGAUCUGGAUAGAUUACAACAAACACCACGUCCGCUUCAUGAUUAACACCGACUAUGAGAUGGUCGACCUGCUGCCGGAGGAGGAGUUUGGUCCGUUUGAAGGCAGUAUGUUCAUCGGCGGAGCAACAGAUGACUUACUGGUGGGUCAAUCGGUCCGUAAGGGUCUCAUUGGUUGUUUCCGAGGACUUGUGGUUAACGGAGAAGUAUUAGAUAUCUACUCGUACAUGAGCGUUCAUCUCUCGGAAAUCAUCAAGGAUUGCAAACCGUCUUGCGAUCCGAACCCGUGCAAGAAUGGAGCUCACUGCAAAGAGUUGUGGAGCACAUUCCAGUGUGUGUGUGAAAAUCCCUGGGCUUACAUCGGCAAAUAUUGUCAAACAAGUAUAAACGAGAACGGUAUCACGUUAGUCACGAGAGAGUCGUUCUUCAAAAAGAACUACUUGUUCAACGUCAGCAGCGAUGAGAAGAUGCAUUACAAGGCUCUGUUGACGGACACCGUUCUUCUUAACCUACGCACUUACGAUCACCACUCUCUAAUCCUGCAUGCUAACGAUCAUCUUAACAACUUCCUUCAGUUGUACAUUACGGGCGGUACCAAGGUGGUGCUGCUCUUCAACCACUUUGACGUGAUACACAACAUCACUGUUGACUAUCCUGGUCUCAACAGUGGCAAGUCAGUUCAGAUUGCUGUGGAGCGUAGAGUGGAAGACACUGUGUUACACGUUAACAAUCACAACGCGUCCAUACCUGUCGGAGUCAGACUGCUUACGGAGUACUCCAACAAACCUUGGAACAACUCAGAAAUGGAGGUAUUGGCUCCUCAGAGACCCCCGGCUCCGCCCACGGACUACUUCCAAGUGAUCCUCGGAGGUUAUGACAGGGACAACCUUCUCCACAUGGACUCUGGCACUGCAGUCCUGGACGGCUAUAUCGGCUGUAUCCGGGGUCUCAAGAUAGGCAGCGUCCUCAUGGAUCUUACCAAGCAGCUGGAGAUUAAUGGGGACAGUGCAGGUAUUGUGGCUGGUUGUCGCAUGAGAUGUGACGAAGUCCCUUGCAAGAACCAAGGUAUCUGCAUCGAGGACUUUCAAAAGAACACAAGCUCCUGCGACUGCGAGUUCACAUCCUACUACGGGGAAUUUUGUGGACAGGAGAAGGGCGCCGACUUCAGCGGUGAGUCAGUGUUGCAACGCAAGUUUGUUCUGGAAGGUCCCGUAACUCAGAUCAAGGUUCAGCUGGCAUUCUCUAGCGGAGAUGAUAGACAACGCAACACUGUGGUAUUACUUCUGCAGACGGAAAACAAACGCAGUUAUUAUUUGCUUGUAGCCUUAAGCUCAGAGGGUGAGCUCAUUUUUGAGGAGGAUCGAGAGGGUGCUAAUAAUGCUUAUGGUGCUCGAAUAAAGGACAGAUAUUUCCUCAAUGGCGCUCGACAUUCUGUGUACUACCUGCGCAACAAUGACACGGCCAUGCUUCGGGUUGACAGAGAGAUGGUGCCACUGGUGCCCAUCCCUGUACUCAGUCUCACAGAGGUUCCAGAAGGUCAUCUCGGAGCAAAUGAGGUUCAGAUCGGAGGUCUCAACACCAGUGAUCCUCGCUUCGCUGCAUAUAAGAGCUACAGUGGCUGUCUGUCCAAUGUGUUCCUGGAAGUAAACAACGCCUCUAUGAAGCCUCUGGACGAGUACAUGUUGUUCACCAAGACUGGUAGCGAAGAGGUGAACGUGAUGAACUCUCACGGAGUACGCAGCGCGCAGUGUGCGUUCUUUGAGGCCACACACAAGCCGCGGCCCGGCCCCUCGCUCAACGUCAGCCUGGUAACUUCUAUUCUCAGUUACUUCUCUGAGACCCAUGGAAAAGACGCCACACUUUCUUGGGUGGUCGAUCCUCCGAGGAGAAAUGAUUAUAAGUCUACCUACUCUGACAUAUCAACAGAAGAAAAUGAAACUGGAAAAAUCCUCUUUAUCAUUGCGACCUCCCUCUUCUGCAUUGUCAUUCUGGGCACGUUGUGGCAUGUCUGGAGCAACCACCGGCAGUGGAAGAAACGGCGCGAGCGGCGCACGGCACAGGCCAUCAAGUGGCACAACGGCCAACAACUGACACCAGGCACUGCGCCGUUGCCUCCUCUCAAAGUAGUGCGGUCACGCAGCGUCUCGGAAACACCUGUUUAUUGGGUCAACGGAAACCCUAACAGGAGACGUCACGAUCCUGUCUAUAAGAUACGCAGGUCCAAGAGUGUUCCUCAGCCUAUAGACGAAAGCAAGUUGUUGAUUGGAAACGGGACAGAAUUGAAACCGGUUUUGAAAACAACCUCGGCUCCUGGAACAGGGGUUCGAUUCCGACCCAGGGAAGAUGAAAGAUCUUCACCACCAAAUACUAUAAAAGAGGAGAGGUCAGCAGAAGAAGAGGAUGAGGAAGAAAAUCAAGAACUGAUUGACCACUCGUCCCCAGAGACAAAUGUAGAAGAGGCAGACGACAGUUUAACAAAUGAAGAAACAGCUGUUGACAUUCCUCCAGAUACAAUACCCGAAGAGGAAGAGCAGGAAUCAGAAGGAGAAGAAAAGUACGAGGAAGUAGAAAAUGAGGAAAAUGAAGAUGAAGAAGAUAAAGAGUUGAAGAACCCUAUGUUCAUAGAGGUGAUGGAUAGCCCCAAACCCAUAGCCAAUGGAUUGGGACAGAAAUUACUGGAAAAUACGGAUGUGUCUGUACCAACCAAUGGAAUGAAUAAUAAUAAAUUUCCUACAAUACUAGAAGUAGAUGAAUCCGACUUUAAAGAACCAGACAUAAAACCAAGAUAUCGACCUUUGAAGAAUCUCUUCCCAGUAACAAAAAUUUCACCAGUUCAUUUUUCUUCAGAUCAAAGAAUGUUCCUAAACCCAAUCAGUUAUUUGGGCGGUCCGAGAAUUCCUCCGGAUAAAUCAAAUGUUCAUCUCAGUAAAAGUAAAGAAUCAAUUGUCUCUGUAGAUUGAAGGAUAAUUCUGUGAUUCCUCUUGUAUAUAAGAAACAUUGUGUGUCAUUUACAAAAUGAGUGCCUGAAAUAUGUAGUCAUUUAAUCUAGAUGUAAGAAUAAAAGUAUUAUUAGGUGUAGUGUUGAAAUAAAAAGUAAUGCUUUGUUUCUGUAAUAGUUUUGUAUCUAGGUAGAAAUAAAUAAUUUAUUCUCACCAACAUUUCCUUUUUUUAUAUUUUUAAGAUGAUAAUGAUAUGUGCCCUAUUUGAUCUUAACAAGGUUCCUAAACUUUAUCAAAAAAUAUCUUUGUUUUGUUGAAACUGCCCCUUAUAAAAAUGAGAUUUUAAAAUUUUAAGGAGAAUCUAAAAACAAAAACUUUUCUUGAAUAUUUAAUUUUUUACAUAGUGUAUUUUUUAUUGCUAUUUCCAAUAAAAGAAACUAUGUUGGAUUUGAUCAAAAAUCAAAUUUCACCAUUAAUAUUUUUUGAAGGAUGCAAAUUUGUAUUGACUAUUAGAUAGAUAGAUAGAUCUAAAUAAAGUAUUCAAAUUCCUCCUUAAGUUCAUACUUUAUUAAAGUAACCAUGAUGAUUAUUAACUUUUGUUUGAUUAGGCUUUUUAUCUGUAGGAUGAACUUGUGAAUGUUUUCUAUGUGUUCAUGGUGUUGGUUAUUCUUCUCAUGUUUCUGUGUAACUUUCAGCAAACAUUGCCCUAAACCCACUGUUUUCUUAUACCAACUGUUUUCUUUUAACAAAAUGUUAGUAAAAGAUUCGAUGGUUUUUGGAAUAUUUGUUGAACCAAGUCUUUAGACAAAUGUUUCUUUUGUAGUAUUAUUGUUUUACAAAAAAUAAUUGUUUAUUCUGGUGUAAUUUACAGUCUAGAAUUUUAAGUAUAGAAUACAAGUAAUGAAUAUAUUGAGUCACCAAAAGUCAAAAAUAUUUAAAAAAAUUAAUAAUUUGUAAAAAUUUAUAAUAAAACAAUAAAACACAAUAAUUAUUGUUUUGUGAACUUUAAAAUAUUGUAGUAUUUUCUUAGAAUCUCCAUGAGAAAUUGAGAUUGUAUCUGUAUUUUACUUAAUAGAAUUUUCCAGUCAUCAGUGAAACAAUUAAUUGUCCAAAUAAACCUUGGACAAAUAUGUAUUUGUAUAAACAAAUAAGUCAGAACGUCAAUAAUAAAACAAUAUUUAUUAUAAGUUUAAAAUUUA